UUCUAACAUUCUGGGUUUCUAGCCGCUUCUUUACUAGAAGUGUCUCGUAUGUUCUUCAAUACCCUAUUUAUACACACACUUACUCUAUCAUUUUGAGUCCAAAAACAGUAGAUCAUUCGAGCAAUUUGUGUGCUAGUGAAAACAGGGAUUUUUAGAAGAAAAAAUGGCUCAGUGUCUUGCAAAUCUCUCCUUAUCUCACCCAGCUUUGUCCAAAAAUGCCAGUUCUGGUUGCACAAGACCACAUGUUUUGAGGUUUUUACAGUGGCCCUCUUCCUCCAAAUGUGUUGGAAAUGGUAUCAAAGCAAGUGUGAGUAGAGAUAGCCUUGAUCAUUUGCAGAAAGUUGGCAAAAAUCAACAGCCUCAGCAGCAACAAAUCAAGAAAAGAGCUCCCCAAGUGACACCCAUUGGCUUGUGGGAUAUCUUUCCAACAACGAGGUCAGUACAACAAAUGAUGGACACAAUGGACAGAAUGAUGGAAGACCCAUUAGUCUACAACAAUGGCAACGGUCAGCCGAGAAGCGAGAGUGGGAGGUACAACAGAACACCAUGGGAGAUCAAAGAAGGACAAGGAGACUACAAGAUGAGAUUCGAUAUGCCAGGAAUGACGAAACAAGACGUGAAAGUAUGGGUUGAGGAGAAAAUGCUGGUGGUCAAAGCUGAGAAGAAGAUUGAAAAUGGCGAAGCAGAGGGUGAGAAACAAGAAGAAGAAGAAGUAUGGCCUGCUAAGGGCUUCGGAAAAUACAGUUUCAGAAUUGCGUUGCCUGAGAAUAUCGAGUACGAGAAGAUCAAAGCUGAGGUUAAAGAUGGGGUAUUGUAUAUAAAUGUACCCAAGGCUAGUGUUAGCUCUAAGGUCUUGGAUAUUAAUGUGGAAUGAUAGAGAGUUUGUUUUGUUUUUGUGACAUGUCGAUGAUUUUGGCAUUUGUAAUGAAGUUGGUUCACAACUUUUUGAUUUUCGCUAA